AUGUUUGCCCACGAUUUUCUCAAGAAGGACGAUCGUACGUUCAAGCCGACAGCUUCUCCGAGGGCUGCAUGGUAUUUUUGCGUCUUGGUUUUGACGAAGAUUCUUCGAUGUAUCGGCAUAUUCUUUAUCGAUACACUCUCGAAGGGUGUCCAUGUCGUUAGCCUUUUAUGGCUUGUAAAGUUACUAACAGCCGUGAUCAUACUGCCUAUUCAAAAACCGCUGUCUCAUGGAGCUUUAAAGAAGCGAAGUUUCAUUCGCAUCGGCAAACUAGCACUGUUUAAUUGUUUAAUAGAAGUGUUUUGGUUCUACGGUAUUACAUUUUGUGGGCCACUAAGGUAUGUUUUCGGCAGCCGUGCACUUUACAGCCUCAUUUGUUUUUUCUUUUCUCUUUUCAUCUCGUCGAAAAGUCGUGGUUUACUUUUCCUUUUGUUAGGAUUUUUGUCGCUUCUGCUGAUGGAUCGCGACCAGAAAAUUGUUCACAGUCAUGAUAUAACUCAUUCUCAUCAUAGUGGCCUGAACCACUUGUUUUAUCAUGUUAUCGCAAUGUUUGGAAUGGCAGACCAUCAGGGUGGUGUAGCAAUCCUGUUUCUUGCCUUGCUUCUACGCAUAGGUUACGACAAUUCAUUUCGUCAUCUUGCAGUUGAGAUUGGUGGCCCUAAGCGUCUUUACUCUUUGGUCUCAGCCACUUCAGCCUUAAUACUUACUCCUGUCGCUGCCUUUCUAUUAUCACACAUCGACUCUUUUAAUCAUUUCACUACACUACUACUCGUCGCUACAAUUUUUGUGAUGGUUUUAGAUUUCUAUGCAGAAAGCAUGUGUUUCCAGCAUGUCGCUGACCCAGUGAUGGCUGCAGCUCGAUGGUCGCCCAUUACUAUGUUCACUUGUGCUCUCAGCUUGGCUUGGUUAUGGUAUAGCGGACAAGGGCUAGAAGAGCAUUUUAUUACCUCUGGUGUUAUUGUUUCUGUGGUUGUCUUCAUUUUGGCUUCCAUCUCGUUGACGUCAUCGAAUGCUCCAAAGUAUCGCGGUGGUGAGCUUAUUGGAAUGUCCGACACCGGUCUUCCGCUUUUUGUAUAUAAGGAAGCUUUCCUACAGAAAACCAGUCGUUCACUGUUUCUUUUUGUAAAGGACACGUUGCAAGAGAUCCUAGCUAACUCAGAUUCACGACGUAUUUUCUGGUUUCUUUGUGUUAAUCUUGCAUUUUGUGGCGUUGAGUUUCUCUAUGGGUUUUGGACCAACAGUCUUGGACUCAUUUCCGAUGGGUUUCAUAUGUUGUUUGACUGCUCUGCUCUUGUGAUGGGUCUCGUUGCAUCGGUUAUGUCACGUUGGCCAGCUACUCGUCAUUUUAGUUAUGGUUAUGGAAGAGUCGAGGUUCUCUCUGGGUUUAUUAAUGCGCUAUUUCUAUGCGUUAUUGCAUUAUUUAUUCUAAUAGAAGCUCUGGAGCGGUUGUUCGAUCCUCCCCACAUUAAUACUGAUCGGCUUUUGUUUGUUGCUGUCUCUGGCCUUUUUGUAAAUUUGUUUGGAAUGUAUUCUUUCCAUGGUGAUGGAAAUCAUGGACAUGGACACUCACAUGGUGGUAGUUCUCAUGGUCAUUCUCAUUCAGGAAAUGCUAACAUGCAAGGAGUAUUUCUUCAUGUCUUGGCUGACACACUUGGUUCGGUGUUCGUAAUAAUAUCUACAUUACUUAUCCAGUGGUUUGGUUGGGUAUGGGUAGAUCCAUUGUGCUCUCUGGUCCUUUCAGUUCUAAUUCUUGGCUCGGUAUAUCCUCUCCUUAGGAGUAGUGUAAAUACUUUGUUACAGGUUCGUCCACCCGUUCGCUUUCAUUGUAACUUGAAAUCUUACUCAAAGGCUCAUUUCUGGCAGCUUAAAAGCGAUUUGAAUGUUGCGUCCGUACACAUUCAAGCGGUUCCAGAGGCUAACGCCCAGAUAAUACGUCAUAAGGUAGCUGCGCAACUUAAAGCCGCUGGUGCCACACAAUGUUCUGUACAGGUGGAAAAAGAGUUUUUCUUGCAACGAAUUCAACAGUUGUGUCCGUCGUAUAGAUUCGAUCACAAAGUAAUUCAGUUUUUCUCGUUCGUUUAUUUCAAACCUCUUGCGCUCCACGGUCACUCCCAUCACGCGCACUCUCAUAACAGUCACGGACAUUCACACUAA